AUGAGAGAUUUUAAUGUUUUUAUUGAGUCUUGUGAGCUCACAGAUAUCCCAAUGAUUGGAAGAAAAUUUACAUGGUGCAAUGCACAGAAGGGUGCAUUACGGAGUAAAACUGAUAGGUUUUUGUUGGAUCCUGAAUGGAUUGAGAAGUUACAUGUUAAAUUGUGGGGGUUGCCAAAAAUUGUGUCUGAUCAUUGCCCAAUUUUGCUAAUGGAAGAUGAAAGGGAUUGGGGCCCCAAACCUUUCAGAUUUUUGAAUGCCUGGACUGUUAAUCCUACUUUUUCUAAAGUGGUAAGGAAGGUGUGGGAAGAGUCGCAAAUCACUGGGUGGGGAGGGUUUAUAAUGCCUAAAAAACUCCAACAGGUCAAGUAUGCUUUGAAGAGAUGGAACUGUGAUGUGUUUGGAGUUAUACCAGUGAAACUGCAGCACGCCAAGGAGAAAUUACAUGAAUUUGAUCUGGUGGUUGAAACCAGAGAACUAUCUAGUGUGGAGAAAUUAAGUAGAAGAGAAACCAGAGAUGAGGUGUGGAAAUUGAGUGGUAUAAACAGUUCUGUUAUUACCUUGGUGCUUAAGAAAGAUAAUCCAAUUAGUCUUGGGGACUACCGACCUAUAAGUUUAAUUGGAGUUUUGGUUUUGGAGCAAAGUGGUUAUCUUGGGUGCAGGAUUGUAUUUCAACUCCACGAGUUUCAGUUCUGGGCUAAGGAAUUAAAUUUAUUCAAAGGGGUUGUUCUUGGGUCUAAUGAAAUCUCUGUGUCCCAUCUUCAGUUUGCUGAUAACUCUAUUAUUUUUGUGAGGUUGGCUUGUAAGUGCCAAAAGCUUCCUUUUAAGUACCUUGGGUUGCCACUUAGGGCUAAUCCAGGAAGAUUAAAGAUUUGGAAACCUAUUGUGGAUAGAUUUAAAGUUAAGUUGGCUAGCUGGAAGAGAAGGUUCUUAUCCCUGGCUGGGAGGCUCACUCUUAUCAAGGCAGUUUUGUCUAGCCUUCCAGUUUGCUGUCUCUCAUUGUUUAAGAUGCCUAAAGGAGUUGCUAAAGAGUUAGACAAGAUUCAAGCUGCUUUUCUAUGGGGUGGGUCUGUGAUCAGGAGCAAAUUACACAUGGUUAAAUGGUUUGAAGUCACUAGGUUUGGUGGGGAUGAGAAUUUGUUGUGGAAGAAAGUUUUAUGUGAGAAAUAUAACAUUCAAGGAAGCAAGUGGUACCCAAAUACGGUAGCCUCCUCAGAUGCAUUCUCAGUUGUGGAAGGAUAUUAUCUCUAUGGCAACAUUCUAUCCUAA